AUGUGCGAGGCCGCCGCGAUAGAAAGUGAGGGACUGAGGCUGCGCUCCUCAUCAAACCCUCUUGUACCGUCAGCCACGCCGCAGGGAUUCAAAGGGUUCAUUGAUAGGAGCUUGAGAUUGUUGACAGCAGCCAAGACUCGGCAUCAGAUUGCCACAGAAAUCCAAGGUAUCAAGACCCUUGUCAAGGAGGUGGCUGAGCGCCGCGAUAGGUAUAAGGUUGACAGUUUUGCCAUCCAACCUACUGCCACUACAAGUAUUGACCCUCGCUUGCAUGGUAUCUACGAAGAUUCAGCAAAACUCGUUGCCAUCAGUGGCCCAAGAGAAGAACUAGCUGCAUUGCUGAUGGUACAAGAGGGCAUAUCCAAGCAACUGAAAGUGAUUUCCAUUGUUGGAGUUGGUGGUUUGGGUAAGACGACUCUUGCUAAUGUGAUGUACCAACAGUCCAUGGGACAAUUUGAGUGCUAUGCUUUUGUGCCAGUGUCCCUCAAACCUGAUAUGAAGAAAAUUCUAAGCAGCAUACUCCGUCAAGUAAGCAAACAAAGUUACACUAACAUUGAAACAUGGGAUGCUAUGGAACUCAUCAACAAGAUCAGACAAGUUCUUGAGGAUAAGAGGUACUUCAUUAUAAUUGAUGAUAUUUGGGACCAAUCAGCUUGGAAUUUUAUCAAGUGUGCACUUGUUGAGAACAACUGCGGUAGCAGAGUGAUCACGACAACUCGUAUAGCUGAGGUUGCUGCACCAUGCUGCUCCCUUAAUGACGGUACAAUUUACAAACUAAAACAUCUUUCUCAUGAUGACUCGAAGAAGUUGUUCUACAAAAGAAUAUUUGGUUGUGAAGAUGGUUGCCAUCCAGAACUGAAUGAAAUAUCAGAGAAAAUUUUGAGAAAAUGUUAUGGAGUGCCACUAGCCAUCAUAACUAUAGCCAGCCUUUUGGCUAAUAAACCAAGAAAUGUACAUCAGUGGCACAGUGUGUAUAGUUCCAUCGGUUCUGGACUUGAAAAGUUCCCUAGUAUCGAAAACAUGCGCCAAAUAAUAUCUAUCAGCUAUUACCACUUACCUUCCCAUCUAAAACCUUGUUUGCUAUAUCUAAGUGUGUUCCCAGAGGAUUACAUUAUUUUAAGAGAUCAAUUGGUACGAAGAUGGAUAGCUCAGGGAUUUGUCCACGGAAAUGAUGUUGAAACAUUACAUAAACUUGGGCACCAUUACUUCAAUGAGCUCAUCAACAGAAGCCUGAUUCAACCUGAACACAUUGAUGCUCGUGGCACGGUAUUAGCUUGCCGUGUGCAUGAUAUGGUGCUUGAUCUCAUUACGUCCUUGUCAUCCAAAGAAAAUUUUGUCACUACAUUCCAUGGCCACCAGCUAGCACAUCUUCCAAAGAAGAUUCGCCGAUUGUCCCUCCAUAAUACUAGUGACGAAGAGCAGUUGCUAUCGUCUGUUGGAGUCGGCAGUCCUACAAACAUUGCAAAAGAUCUAGGCAAUCUAACCGGACUAAGAGUGCUCCACAUUUCAUUGAGUGAUACAUGGCAUGAGAGCUACGAGAAGUCUUUGGUUGAUUCUUUGUGCAACCUAAAGAAAAUCCAAGAACUACACGUUCAUUCUUCAGGAGUGUCCACAGAGUUCAUGGCAGAUUUAGGAUGGGUCCCUCAACAUCUCCAAAAUUUCACUGGCAGCAUACCUAGAUUGCCAAGGUGGAUGAACUCAUCGCUCUUGGAUCUGUCCACUUUGGAAAUGACGGUCAACAUACUACGACAGGUGGAUCUCCAAAAUCUUGGAGCCUUACCAUUUCUACAGUUCCUCUGUCUUUCCGUGCUCGAAAUCGAUUCCAGUGAAGAAAGGUUGGUCAUUAGCACUGGUUGUGCAAAAUUCCAGUGCCUAUCUGAGUUUCACUUCAAUAAUGAUAAAAUGGGACUCAUGUUUGCACAAGGAGCUAUGCCAAAGCUUGAAACCGUUGAGGUUAUAUUUAGAGUCCGAGAGAGAAAGGAUGCAUAUGGUGACUUUGAUCUUGGCUUGGAGAAACUCGUUUCAAUUAAGCAGGUAAUCGCAAGGAUUCGUUGUACCCGUUCCAGAGUUUGCGAGGUGGAGGAUGCUGAUUCUGCUAUGAGGAAGGCAACCGACAUGAACCCUAAUCAUCCCAAGCUUGAGGUGAUCAGAUAUUAUGAAGAUGAAAUGACAGAGGACGAAGAGAUAGUUCACCACAAUGUGGAAACAUUGAAAGAGGAAGAGGAGCAGGCGGUUGUUCUUGAGAAGAGAGGGCCAUGGGGUGGAGAUGGAGGGAGCACUCGUGACAUAACGGUGGCACCCCAAUGUCUGGAAAGCGUGAAAAUUUGUAGCGCUGUAGUUGUGGAUGCACUUGGUUUUUCUUACCGAGACCGACGCGGGAAGCAUCACAGAACAUCUCUUUGGGGCGGUGUUGGUGGGAGUGUCCGGACGGUUGAUCUUGGUCCUUCAGAGUAUGUUAAGGAGGUUUCCGGGACUUACGGUCCAUUCUCUGAUCGUCCAAACAUUAUCACGUCGCUUACACUGGUGACCAAUUUUUCUAGUUACGGACCUUUUGGGCAGCCAAAGGGAAGUCCUUUUCACACACGGGUAGCGAAAAACAACAGUAUUGUUGGCUUCUUUGGGCGCUCAGAGACGUAUCUUGAUGCAAUUGGUGUUUAUGUUCGGCCUUCUGAAUCUUAGCUACUGAUCUUCCCUGUUUCGUUUACCAAAGUAGUGCACUUAAACUUAACUGAUGUUGUUUGAUUCUCCAGAUUGCUUGUAAAUAUCAUAUGCCUCCAGAUUUGGCUGAUAA